UCAAGAAGAUAUAUGGCGACGGCCAGGGCACCAUGCAGUACGUCACCAGCGUGCUGAACCAGUGGGGCCAGUUCCUGACCACAGUGGUGGUAGCAGCAGAGUCUGAGGGCUGCUACAGGCGCAUGGCCAAAGGUCUGAUGGCCCGCUUUGACCGAGCUGGAGCUCCUGCACCCAAAAUCAUAUAUGCAGAUAGCAACUGUUGUCGAGACAGUGGUUCAUCCUUCCUGGAGAACCUCUUUGCAGACUGGGUGCAGAAGGGGACGGUGGUCAGACUGGACAUUCGACACUGGCUCCACCGCUGGGACGCCGUUGUCAUCAAGCAGAGCCACGCCAUGAGUGCCCUGGCAGGCGCAGUGCUAGCCUACAACAGGGACGACAUGAUGCUGCUGAUCCAGGCAGUCAGGCAGGGCAACCUGGAGCUCUACAGCAGGCUUUCAGACGAGGACAUGAUGGCCUUCCUCAAACCUCACCAGAUAAGGUCCUACGUCAGACGCAUCACCCGUGGGGUCGAGGAGACGGCUUCAGCGAUUGAGUCCAUCAUCGCCGAGCUGAAGGGACCUGCGGGCCUCGACAUCGACGGCAUCCACCUGUUCAAGUCGGCGCAGGCGGUGGACGCUCACUGGGCCACCGCUAGCAAGCAUCUCAGCUGCAUGCAGGUGGGGAAACACUUCUGCACUAAUCACUGCAAAACUGACAAAUUACUAUUGCAUUCUCUGAUUGGAUGCCAUAAUUAAGCCCGUCACAAUAAGCAAUACAUAAAUUAAUCGAAUGACAAUUUUAGACAAACAUUUACAUGCAGUACAAAGUAGUUAGCUUGCACUA